UUCAGGCGUCCGGACUCCCCCCGGCAGCUGCUGGUGGUACAGGCCGGGAGGGCGGGGCUUCUGAAUGGGACAAGAUGGCGGCGGAGCAGAGUUCAAAUGGCCCUGUCCGUCGCUCCAUGCAUGAGAAAGCAGUUGACCGUAGAAAUAUAAAUAAGGAGCACAAUAGCAACUUCAAGGCUGGAUAUGUUCCCAUUGAUGAAGAAAGACUGCACAGGACAGGGUUACGAGGUCGUAAGGGUAAUCUGGCGAUUUGUGUAAUUGCCCUUAUGUUUAUCCUGGCAGUGAUUAACUUAAUUAUUACACUUGUUAUCUGGGCUGUAAUUCGAAUUGGCCCCAAUGGUUGUGACAGUAUGGAGUUCCAUGAGGAGGGCUUGUUACGGUUCAAACAGGAGUCUGACAUGGGAGUAGUGUAUCCCAUGCACAAGAGCACAGUGGGAGGAAGAAGAGAUGAAGACUUGUUGAUCACUGGCAACAAUCAACCAGUGGUGUUUCAGCAGGGAACAACAAAACUUAGUGUAGAGAAGGACAAAACCUCUAUCACCAGUGAUAUUGGCAUGUCUUUUGUUGAUCCCCGGACCCAGAAAACUGUGUUCAGCACUGACUAUGACACUCACGAGUUUCAUUUGCCCAAAGGUGUGAAGACGCUAAAUGUACUAAAGGCAUCCACAGAAAGGAUAACAAGCAAUCAUAGCACAGAUCUCCAUAUUCAUUCUGGUGGCCGCGUGAUUGUGCGUGGAAAUGAAGGGGUCUUUAUCAUGGGUAAAACCAUUGAAUUCCGCAUGAGGGAUAACAUGGAACUCAAGGCAGUAAACAGUAUUAUUCUUAAUGGGACUGUAAUGAUCAACACAUCACGGCUUCCAAAUUCAUCAACUGGAGAGUUCCUGGUAGAUGAUGGCUGGGAGCGCUACAAACUUUGCAUGUGUGCAGAUGGAACACUCUUCCGAGUCCAGGUGAAAAGCAAAAAUACAGGCUGCCAAACAUCCAAUAACCCCUGCGGAAUUGUGCUAUAAGGAUUGCAAUCUACAAGAGAUUAAGGAAUGAGGUUGACUGUAGUGCACUAUCGUAAUGUUUCAUAGGAAAAGAGGUCAAUUUAAUGCAGAAUAAUCACCACUAACUGCUCCGUUAUAUAACUUUCAUUUGUGAAUAGUGACUGGUAAAAUAUUGGUAAUGUGCUACAAAAAAAGUCUGCACUGUACCAAGAAAGGAACUAAAGAGUAGACCAUCUUUAUUCCUACUCUAAUCAAAUAGCUUCCUAUAGAAUUAACCAACAGGACUUUUCAACGAAUUAAAAGUUCCUUUCUAACAGUAAUUAUUUUUCUUAAGUAUUAUCAGUAACAAUGUUUAGUUUUCCAAAUCAGACUCUACUUCAAUUCAAGUUCAGCAACAUGUAUUAAAAUGAAUGUAUGAUAUCAAUGAAGCAAUUUAUAUUAAUUUUAGAACGAGGAAAAUCUUGUCAAAGCUAGACAAUACAAUUGCUGUUGAAAACUUACAAUUUGUUUCUACAUGUUAGAUUUUUGCAAAAAGGUACAAAUCAAACACAGUCAGAGACAAGUCCAUGGUAGGUGUUCCAUUGCUGAGAUAAGGUUAGGGUUGUGCAAAGCUUUAAGAACCAGAUGGUUGUAGGAAAGUAGGUCAAAUGGGUACGUCAGAGAACUUCCAUUAUAAACAAAUUCUUAAGUAAUCAUGUAUCCACUCUGACUUUGCCAUGCUUGCAUGUCCUUUACCAAACUUUGGUUUUUAGGGUAAUUUUUAAAAUCACUGCAGAUGCCAAACUAGUAUUUAUAGGUGAGCUUGGAUUUUGGCCAGUGCUAUGUGAACUUGUUAAUUUCUUCCAGUUAAUUCUAAUGAAUAAGUGAUUUUAAGGUAGAAGACGUGGAACACAGUUCUUUUUAGCUCUAGGUAGGUUUGCAUUUGGGGGUAGUGGGAAGAGUGCUGUGGCGUAUCCCAUAUCAUAAUAGGGACAUUGCUCUAUUUUCCAAACUACAGAAAAUAGGCAUCUUGUUAAGGUUUAUAUAGAAGAUCCAUUUUUGUAUAAACAACUGAAACAAAAUGUAAGAUAGUACAAUCACAUUAGCAAGUAAGGAUUAGAUCUUAUUCUUUAAAGGGUACAAAGUCAGGCAUUGCUUGAUCCUUGCUCUGUCUUGACCUCUAUGCACCUGAGUGACAACCUUCCCAUUGGUUUUGGACUAUGGAUAAAAUUGGACAGUUAAAUUAUUCCAAACCGAUGAGAUCAGUUUGACAUAAUUGGACCUCCAUGCAUUUCACAGCACACCUAUAUUCUGUAACUGCAGUAAACCCAAUUUAGUUGUAUAAUGAUUGUUUUUUCCCAGAGAGAUCAGUCACCAAAUAUCCAUUGUAUGGUGGUCCUGUGUUCCAAACUGUAACAAACAUUUGUCACUAACAAAAAAGCAGUUAGUUAUUGUCACUUAUUUCCAUUAUCAAGUUUUAACAAGCUUUCUUUUGGCAUUUGUGCUUCACACUUAUUAUAUGACAGUGUUACUUAGAUUAUUGGUUUUUAAUCACUCUUAUUCAGUAUUAUGUAUCAACAAAAUGUAAAGUACAUUGAGCUGUAAUGAUGCAGCAGCUUUGCUGUUCUCUUUAGGCUGAUUUUUUUUUUAAAUUAGUGUGAUCACUUAUUUGGAAAACCAAAUGAUGGAACAGAUUUAGUUAUUGGCAUUAAGUACUGGUAAAUAUCUCAUGAUUCUGGCAUAUAGUUUACUACAGCUUAAUUGAUUAAAAGUUUGAUCCUGCACUCCUACAUAAAACAGGAACUGCCAGUUAUUAAAAUGAUUUCAGGUAGCUUUUGGUUUUACUGGCAUAUUUUAGUUUUAAACUAUUGUUCAUAUAUUGCAUGACAUUGAAUUUUCAGUUUUAAAAAUGAGGGAAAUGACAAAUGAAUUCCAGCUUUUAAUGGAACUUGUUCAAAUCAGCUGACCGUGUAGCUGUCUGUGAAAUCAAUUUUGGAAAGAUCAUUUGCUUCUUAUCAUCUAUUCAACUUUUCUAUGAAAACUAAAGUUUAGAGGGGAUAUUCACACUAUCACUUAAGAAUGUCUAAGCUUUGUUUUUUUAAAAUUGGUUUAACUUCUUAAAUAGCAAGAGGAAAAACCAAAGAUUACCCUGGAAAAGAUUGCCACGUCCAAAGCCACAUGGGAGCCAAAAGGCUACUUAAAACCUUCCAUAUACAAAUCAUUUUAAAGAAUUAAAACCAGAAAAACUUAAAUUGGGACAAUUAGAGAUCACUAAAGGAAACUAAUAUUAUUCAAAAAUAUGGUUAUGUAAUUAGACUGCUUGCGUAAGGUGGUAGCAAUAAAUUCUCAAUGUAGCUUUGUUACCAUCUUGUGUGCCAUCCAAUAAAUUGACUGCCAGCUCCCUAGUAGAACAAUUCAAUUAGCCUCAACCCCUGACUUCUAUCUCGUUCCCUUUUCUAAGGCACUGAUUCUGUUUAUGCUACCUUGACAUGCAUAAAGUCUGGAUCAUAUCACUGAUUAGGUUUUUCCUUUAGUCCCCCUUUCUUUUGGCCAAACUUUUCUAUGACUACUGCCCUGUGAACCAUCUGCACCUGCAAGCAGCUUCUCUCUGUUGGGCAUUAAACCAGUGUUGACCUUGUACAGCUCUAUCAGAUCUUUUCAACCUUCUAAGAUCACUGGUUUCUUCAGUCUAGUAUUAGAGCUGAAAUGCUCCUCCUUCCAGCAUUCAAAUAAAAUCUCUUGUGCACUCUUCUCAAGACCAUCACAUCCUUUGCAAAAUGUUGCAGCCAGAAUCGGAUGCAAUUCACCAAUUGUAGCCUAGCCAGAAUUUUGUACAGUUUCAAUACAACUUCCCUGCUUUUGUGCUGUACCUUUAUUUCUGAAUCCUUGGAUCACAUUUGCUUUACUAACCCAUCUCAAUGUGCCCUACCACCUUUCAAGAAUCUAUGCAUGGUCCCUGUUCCUGCACACCUUUUACACCUAUACUGUGCAUAGAUUCUCAUUCCUACAAAAAUUUGUUCAGAAAUUUAAGAUUUAAUUAUAACCACCUCCUUUUGAAUGUUACUCAAAGAUGGGAUCUGGAUUAAUCCUUCUGCUUGAGAGAAAAAUAUUAAAGGUAAAACAAAUUGAAGUUUGGCUGGAGAAGGGCUAUAGGAACAAAGUUUACAAUUCCUUGGGCAUCUUUUCAGGGUGGAUAGGUUACAUCACACUAUCCAGCUGGGAGGUUAGCUAAGGUUUUGGGGGUGGGUUUAAAAGCCAGUUUGCUAGGGGAAAACAGUAUUGACAGUGUGCACAAAUACAUCAGAAAUAGGAAUUUGACAAAGACAAAUGAGAACAUGGUUGAUGGGGUUGGUGUGUAUGUUUGUAAAUGCAUGGAGCAUGGUAAAUAUAUCUGGCUUUAUCUUAGCUACAUUUGCAGUGUAAAUUAGCUUAUUGGGAUGGACUGCAUAUUGUACUGUUUAUAAAUUCAAAGAACUGCCAUUGUAACUAUUUAAAAAAUUGUAGCAGAAUAAACACUACUGUAUUUAA